AUGGGGGACAGAGUGGGCACCAUUGAAGCCGCGUUGACCAGAAUGCAACAGGAAGGGCUCAAGCUCCUCAAGUUAAGCCAUCUAUAUGAGACGAAGCCGAUGUAUUACGACGACCAAGAUGCCUUUUUGAACGGCGCUUGCCAGAUCGAGACGACUUUGGAACCACUCCCGCUCCUGGACCUGUUGCAAGCCAUUGAAAAUGACCUUGGCCGAAAGCGUGUAGUUGACAAAGGGCCGAGGACCAUCGACCUGGAUAUUAUACUCUUCAAUCAGGAGCACAUCAAACACCCUCGGCUCGAGGUACCUCACAGACUGAUGCUGGAGCGAGAAUUUGUGCUGAGACCUCUUGCCGAUAUACUCCCUGAUGCUCACCUACCCUCCAGCUUCUCUCCUGCAGCUUCUAGUCGCCCAAUUCGACACUUUCUACAGGCCAUUUCCGAACAGGACACCAGCAUGUCCCCCGUGUUCGUCUUGCAUCCUCAGUCACCGCUGAUCCGCACGCGAGACGCAACACGCAAGACUCACGUGAUGGCCAUCAUGAACCUCACCCCAGACUCCUUCUCGGAUGGAGGGCUCCAUGCCGCCAAGGAUAUCGAGACGCUUAAAUCCACUGUGCGGAGCUUUGUUGCUUCAGGCGCCACCAUUCUUGACAUCGGCGGACAGAGCACACGCCCGAGAGCGGAAUUCCUUGGUCCAGAAGAGGAGCUUAAGCGGAUUUUGCCCAUUGUCCGCGCCAUCCGCGAAGUGAAAGAGGCCGACGGGAUCGCAAUCAGCAUUGACACCUUCCACUCCGACGUUGCUCGGGAGACCAUUCUUGCCGGAGCUGAUAUCAUUAACGACGUUUCUGCCGGGCUUCUAGACGAGCGAAUGCUGCCCACUGUUGCUAGUCUGGGGAAGUCAAUUGUCCUCAUGCACAUGAGGGGCGAUUUUCAUACAAUGACAAAGCUGACCGACUACCCCGAGGGUGUCAUCAAAGGUGUGGCCCACGAGCUCAGUGGACGCGUUGAAGUCGCCCUGGCCGCCGGAAUUCCUCCAUGGCGCAUCAUCCUGGAUCCAGGGCUGGGUUUUGCCAAAGAUCAAGAGCAGAAUCUCGAGGUUCUACGGAGCGUGGCAGAGCUUCGAGAUUAUCCGGACGUACCAGUUCCCUUGAAGGACUUCCCAUGGCUGAUGGGACCAAGCCGGAAGGGGUUUGUUGGCAAGAUUACCGGUGUCAAAGAACCGUCUGACCGAAGCUACGGCACUGCUGCAGCAGUGACAGCCAGCAUUGAAGGUGGAGCUGAGAUUAUACGGAUUCAUGAUGUGGAAGAAAUGGUGCAGGUCACAAAGAUGGCCGAUGCCAUCUAUCGUCGGCCUCGAUUGUGUUGA